CUCGAUACCGUCCCCAGGUCAACAGAGUCUUGAGCUACAUCGGCGCUGCGCUGCUUCUGGGACGGGUAAGGACCCUCCUUGAUUCCCAUUUCUCGUCAAAAGACCGGGAUGCCACCGUCCCCUGAAGCGGGUCCAUCGCGGCUGCCAAUGGCAGCGUCAGCCCGCAGCGAGGGAGGCAAGAGGAAAAGAGGGGGCAAGGGAAAUAAGGAUAAGAAGGACAAGCCAACCAGCACACACGAUGAGAGUGCGCUGAAGCUCCAAUCGAGCAGCAUCGCAUCAGCCACGCGCAUGCCUACAUCGCUGCAGCAAGCCACUCCGUCAUCGAUGCAGAAUGCUCGCCCACCUAAGUCGUUUGGCAAGAUCCACGACAAAAAGCUCCGCGCUCAUCUCUCCAACGAGUAUCUCUCUGCCAAAAGAGCAGCGGAGCAUGCCAAGCUCGCUGACCAGUACAUCAAUAUCAGCGCUCCCGGCGAAGGGGCAGGCCUGAUCGAAUUAGAAGAUGACCUAGAACGCACUGCAAAAGUCACACAGUCUGUCAUUCGUGACAGCGUCGGGGUUGAUACAGCGCGCAAGAGCUUUUCAUUGCAGCUGGAUGGCGGAAGAGAUGGCGUGGGUCUCGGGCCGUAUCGCUGCGACUACACUCGAAACGGUCGGCAUUUGGCGCUGGGAGGCAGGAAAGGGCACAUUGCCGCGUUUGAUUGGCAUGCUGGCAAGCUCAGCUUCGAGAUCAAUGUCAAAGAAACAGUGCGGGAUAUUAAGUGGCUGCAUAAUCAGGACUACAUUGCGGUUGCACAAAAAAAGUACGCCUUCAUCUACGACGCACACAGUGGCGCUGAGAUUCACAAGCUCAAGCAGCACGUAGAGGUGCAUCGCAUGCAGUUCCUUCCGUACCAUUUCCUGCUUGCUACUAUUGGCAGUGCUGGCUACCUCAAAUACCAAGACGUUUCAACUGGACAACUCGUAUCGCAGCAUCGAACCGGGCUAGGGCUCUGCAACGUCCUCGCGCAAAACCCACUCACUGCCGUUUUGCAUUGUGGGCACGCCAACGGGACCGUGACCCUGUGGACGCCGAACCUCUCUACGCCCGCACUAAAACUGCUGGCACAUUGCGGCCCUGUCUCUGGCAUCUCGAUCAACACGCAAAAUGGCGGGAGACAGAUGGUGACAAGCGGCAUGGAUGGCUGCGUCAAGGUGUGGGACAGCCGGAUGCUCGGACGUGGUGCAGUCAAGGAGUGGGUCAAUCCCAGGCCGGCAUCUGACGUGCAAUUCUCGCAGAGAGGGCUGCUCGGCAUGGCUUGGUCUACUCAUGUGUCCAUCUACGAUCCGGCCAAGGUGCUCGACUCGACGGCCAAGUCCGGCGUCCCUGGUCCGUACCUCACGCAGAACUUCCCCAAAUCCGAACCACUCAGUCUAGCGUUCUGUCCGUUUGAGGACGUUCUGGGUGUAGCGCACGGCAAAGGCUUUGACAGCUUGAUCGUACCUGGUGCCGGAGAGCCCAACUUUGACAGCAGCGAGGCCAAUCCAUUCGAGAACAGGCGGACAAAGCGCGAGCGUGAGGUUCACAGCUUGCUCGACAAGAUCCAGCCAGAUAUGAUCACACUCGACACCGAGAUGCUCGGCCAGCUUGAGAGCAAGACAUUGCAGCUGCAGGCUGAACCGGCAGCGCCGACACGUCUCACGGUGGCAGCCCAAAGCUCGUUGGCCAUCGUGAAAUCGGCCGAUGGGCGUCCGUACGCCCGCCUAUCGCGCAUCGAGCGGCUUCAGCUCGACGGGAAAGCCGAGGAAGCCGAGGAAGCACUGGAUGCGGCCGAAGAUGAUGGGGAUGAUGAAGACCCUCGCUCUCGGAGCAGGCUAGCAGCAAAUAUCCCUGCGCAGGCCGGGCCUGUCCAAGAGAAGAAGCGCGCACGAGGCCGGAACAAGGCACUGAAGCGCUACCUGCGCAAGAAGCGCAAGAACGUCAUCGACCCGCAAACUGUGGCGGUCCGCGAGAAGCUCGAGCGCAAUCGAGCCCAACGGGAGCAAGAGGCGAGGCAGAAACGUGGCGAAGCAGAAAGCGCACAACCCCAAAGCGCCUUGGAUGUGUUCUCACGACCGCGUAAGAGAGCGCGAGGAGCACCCUUGUGACUUUAUCGUCGGCGUCGUUGAAUACAUCGCUUUCCCGACAAUUUCCACUCAUGCGGGUGUCUUGGAGCAGAAUUCUGUGUGAUUCAUGACACGAUCAAGACCAGCUAUAGAUAGGAUGAUGGUGACAUAUAUCAUUAUAAGCGCAGCAGUUUUCUUCGCACCCAGAUGCAAACGGUGCAUUAAAUAGGAUGC